UGUACGACACGGGAUUAGUUUGAGACUCCAACACAUUACAGAGUUAAAAUUAUAAAUGAGUUGUUUAGAAAAAAUGUUACCAACUUCUUCUAUUUUAGAAGAAGUUUCAAAACUUGAAGCUGUCAAAAAAAUACAAGUAUCUGUUAACUCUUCGAUAAAAUAUGGAGCAAUGGUUGGAAUAGUAACAGUGGUUUCUGGUAUUCUUGCUGGUUCUGUAGGAAUUACAGCUGGAGGUGUACUCAGUAGUUGUGUAGCAGGUUUAAUGUCACAAGGAGAA